UUCGUGUUCGUCCCGCUGAUGCACCACGGCCACCUGAUCCCGGCGGUGGACGCGGCGCUGCAGCUGGCCACCCACGGCGCGCUCGCCAGCGUCGUCGUCACGCCAACCUACGCCGCGCGCCUCCGCCCCGCGGUCGAGUCGUCGGGCCUGCCGGUGCGGCUCGUCGAGCUCCCGCUUGACAUCGCCGGCACGGACGACGUCGAUCGGAUCCCGCUGGACCAGGAGGCUGCCUACCUCCUCGCCACAUCGCGCCUCUGCGGGCCACUGGAGCGCCACCUCCGCGAGCACGCUCCGCCCGUCACGUGCCUCGUGUCCGACAUCUGCCACCCGUGGACCGCUGGCCUCGCCGCCAGCCUCGGCGUCCCGCGGCUCAGCUUCCUCGGCAUGUCUGCCUACUGCCUCCUCUGCCUGCAGACGGAGCACCAUGCGGCUGCCAUGCACAACGCCUAUGCCGCAGCGGACCCCUACUGGCAUCUCAUGCCUGAGGAGCCGGUCGAGGUGAAGCUGCCCACCGCGCCCCCCGGGUUCAUGCGGCUGCCGGCGUCUGAGAAGCUGGCGUACGAGAAGCUGGCAUACGCCGUCGAGCGGGCGUGCGUCGACGUCGACGGCGUCCUCCUCAACACCUUCCUCGAGCUGGAGCCGGGGACGGUCAUGGACAGCGGGGAGGUCAGGAGCGUCAACGUGUGGGCCGUCGGUCCGGUGUCACUGUUCCACCAGCACGAGCACCAGCACUCGGCGGCGCUUGCGGCGAGAGGGAACGCGCCCGCCAUCGACGCUGGCGAGUGCCUCCGAUGGCUCGACGGCAAGGAGCCAUCCUCCGUCCUCUACGUCAGCUUCGGGAGCAGCGUCUUGCACGCGCGCCCAGAGCAGGUCAUGGAGACCGGGCUCGGCCUCGAGGCGUCGGGGCACCCGUUCAUUUGGGUGGUAUCACCAGAGAACGCCGGGCAGGACCAGGAUGAGGAAGUCCGCGGAUUCCUCGAGGACCUGGAGGGCCGGUUGUCCGGCCACGGGCUACUGAUCAAGGGCUGGGCACCGCAACAGCUGAUCUUGUCCCACGCGUCGGUGGGCGGCAUCGUGACGCACUGCGGGUGGAACUCGAUGAUGGAGGCGGUCGCGGCCGGGCUCCCGGUGGUGACAUGGCCACACAUGGCGCACCAGUUCUUGAACGAAAUGUUGGCCGUGCAGUCGAUGGGGACCGGCGUGAGCGUCGGGGUGGAGUGGUUGAAGGAGGAGGACGGGGAGGUGGCGGUGGUGGAGCGAGGGGCGGUGGAGAAGGCGGUGAGGAGCAUCAUGGGUGGAGGAGAUGAGGCGGUGGAGAGGCGGACGAGGGCGGCGGCGCUCGCGACGACGGCGAGAGAGGCCGUCCGGGAGGGUGGGUCGGCAUUCAUCAACCUGCGCCGUUUGGUCAGGCGUUACCAAGCAGUGACACCGCAGGAUGCAUCAACAUCACCUCAAAUAUGA